AUAUGUAAGACCGGAGAGUCAAGAAUAAGCUAUAACUUAGAUGCAUUUGGCCAUUUGUGAUCAGAACCUCAUCAAUAUUUUGGAACAUCUGACCUGGUGCGAACAGACGACACUAACUUAGUUACAUCCGGUCUUGUGCGAUAAAAGAUACAAAACAACAACAAUAAAUUGGUACACCUGACCAAGACAGGUACAAGUGAAAAUGUUGAUUUUACAACUUUUUGCAACCCUGCUUUUGUUGACUGACUCGGCGUGCUCAAAAGAUCUCCUUGUUGGCGCCUUCAAUAUUCAGAUAUUUGGACUUAACAAAGUAAAGAAAACUGACGUCAUGGAUGCUCUAGUUAAGAUAAUUCGAAGGUAUGACCUCCUAUUUAUACAAGAGAUACGAGACACGUCCGGUACAGCUAUAAAUAAGCUGCUUAAUGACGUCAACAAGGAUCAGCCUGAGCCGUUUGAGAUGGUUCUCAGUGAACGACUUGGUCGGAGCGUCAGUAAGGAACAGUAUGCGUACUUCUACAGACCGUCGUCUGGUCUACAGGUAAAGGAACAGUUUGUGUAUUAUGACACCAAAGUGAUUGCGGGUAAAGCGGAGGACUUGUUUGAAAGACAGCCCUACAUCGUCUCAUUUACAUCCAGUCAAACAGAAUUGGAUUCGUUUGCCCUAAUCGGCAUACACAUUGCCCCGACUCACGCUGUCAAAGAAAUCAACUAUCUAAAGACCUACGUUGUGGACGAAGUAAGAAAAACACUCGGGGAACCAAAUUUGAUGAUAAUGGGAGAUCUGAAUGCUGACUGUAACUACGUGUCACGGAGUAAAUGGAGGCAUAUACCUAUGAAGACAGAUAAAUCGUUUAAAUGGUUGCUAGGAGAUGAAGUAGAUACAACGGUGAAGAAAACCCACUGCGCAUACGACAGAUUUAUAACAACUGGACAAGGAUGGGAUUACGGAAUAGUGAAAAAUAGUGCAAAGGUAUACAGGUUUGAUGAAGACGUAGCGAGACUAGGAAAGAUAGAUUAUUAUUUGGCAGCGAACAUCAGUGAUCAUUACCCAAUAGAAUUUCUUUUAGCAGAAACACAGUACUACAUUGUGUCAGUUUCGAACAAGUUAUAUAUUGAACUGUAUGCUGAGAAAGGGGGUCUUACUGUAGAUGAUUUUUAUGGAAUCAGGCUAGGAGUUGGAGAUGUUUUAAAGGUGUAUGACACUAAAGAACAAGCAGUUGGUGAGGUGCAGAAAUACUCAGAAGACGAUAAAAAACUUACAAAAGAACUGAUAAAGUUGAUGACCAGAAUUGGCAGCGGUUUGGAAGUGUUCAUAGAGCCAAUAAAAAAUCGCUGGCGUGGAAAACAGAAUAGUCGGAUUGUUAUACCUAUAUCAGUGACUGAGAAAAGUAAAGCAACGGCUGUAUGGAAUGCUUUGAAUAACGUCUGUAAAUCGACGUACUUCAAGUGUUCCAAAAAUGGAUUCUAAACAAAAUGAAAUGGCGGGUAUUUGGUAUAAGGCUAUAAUUGGAGAGGCCGUUAUCCGUAGAUUUUUUUUUGUCUUUUAAUAAAAUCAAACCAAUGUACUUUAAUUGAAAAAGAGAAAAAUAUUUGUAAAUUUUCAAUAAAGCAGAUCGGGCAUGCACGGAGUCUUCGCCAAACCUACUAAAAAUAGAAUUUGGGUGUUUUGUUACGCAACGUUUUAUUCUGUGUUCAUGUAUGAUUUGUUUAUAUUUAUUUUUUGUUGUUGUUAAUUCUACCUCCAGAUAUGACAGUUGGAUAUAAAACAAUGAUAUUUGUUAAGUUUUUUAAAAUUAAUUUACAUCCUCUUAGGUGAAAAUUUUACAAAAGGGCAAAUUAAGCUUAAGCAAACAUUGCAAUACAAACGCUUUUUAAUGUCAAUAAUACGUUCUAGUAUUACUGUUUUUUACAUAGACUGUAUGAUUGAACAAACAAAUACCUCUACAAUUUAUAUCAUAUCCUCAAUAUUUUAUAUUGAAUACAAUUAUAUUUUUAUAACUAUAUAAUGUUUUGACAUAUUGGUUUUAUAUAUUUUACAUUUUAUAUUGGUUAUGUCGAAUAUCGGAUGUUUUAAAUAUUUUACAUUUAUAUUGGUUAUAUCGAAUAUCGGAUGUUUCGUAUUGAAUACGAUAUAUAUUUGCAUUGGCUAACAUGGAAUCUCGCAUUGACUAUAAUAUAUUUUCUAUAUUUUACAUGAAAUGUGUUAUAUUGAAUAUAUUAUGUUUGUUUGUUUUUAUUUAAAGGAACACAUUUU